UUUAGCAACAUACCCUUUAAUAAUUUACCUGGACACACCUGAAUUUCCACCCACUGAAAGUUGUUACACAAUAACAAUAGAAGUAGGAAAACGAUGUAAGAGACAUUCCAUAAAAUUCCCAAAUUCAUUGUUUGAUAAUCGUUGAGGUUAGGUGAAAAGCUGUUUACCAUCAAACCAAUAGAGCUGGGACACAAAGAAGGAAACAGACAAUGUGAUGUGACUUCAGUCAAAGUAAAAACACUCAAUCAAGCAUAGACUCACUGACAGAUUCACCAAGACAAACGGACAAAGUCUGGAGACAUUGAACACCUAAAAAUAAAACAAUGUCUGAGAUCCUGCCGUUAAACCUGGAGCUGCUAGAAGACAGCCCCUCCAAAACCAGCGGGGUGACUGCUGAACCCCAACCCCCAACAUGGGGGGAAGAGGAGAAGGUGAUUAAAGAAUUGGGGGAAGAUUUGGAAAAGAGGAGGGAAGGAGUGGUGGAGGAAGAUGAUAUGGUUAGUUCGGCUAAAUUGGAGCCUACCACUCUGCAAUGGCCAGGUGACAGGGAUGUAGAGAAAACUACAAAGAACAGAAGUGCAUUGACUUCGAAAGAAGAUAAGGGAAGGGGAAAAGGGGAUGACCCUGAGGGAGAAAGGAAGAGUGUGUAUUCCAUGUGCACCUCUCUUCAAGAAGGAGAAAGGCAGAUGGAGAGUGAGAGAGGGCUGGGUUUGGGAGCAGAGAGAAUGAGAACAGAGGAAGAAUGGAUGGGGAGAGAGGUGCAGGACCCGGGGCUGUGUAAGAUAGGGAAGAAGGUGCAGGUAGAGAUAGAGGUGGAAGAUGAUAUGAACUAUUUGCCUGAGAAGGCAGCGCAGGUCUUCAACCCAUCCGUCACCAUCCUACACUCCUCUAGUGCUCCAACGUCUCCCAGCGGAAGGGAGGUAUUCUGGGAUGUGGACGCAGAGAAGAGCUGCCUCCUCAUUCCCCAGGGAACCCCACCUGAUGGCUACUACCACGACUGGCCAGUGGAGCGGGGGUCCUCAAAAUGUGGUUGUGACUGUGCCAACAGGGAUGCUCUCAAAGUGGGGGUGUCUGUGUUCACCGCAGCUCUGAUUUUCCCCCUCCUAGUGUGGGGGGGGUAUGUCUUCCUGCCUUUUGAUGCCCCACUGCUGGACAGUGCCCCCCUCAGGCUGGUCUACACACUGCGCUGCUCUGUCUUCGCUGUGGUGCCCAUCAUACUGGGCUGGUUGGUGCUGGGUGUCUCCAGGAUGCGGUUGGGGGAUGUGAAGCCGCUGCGUGAAUUGGAGGCCAGGGAAGUGGGUGUGCACCGGCGCUAUGUGGAUGACUCCGUCACCCUCUUUCUGCUCUACUUCCUGCAGCUGGCUGUAAUGGCGCCCUACCUGAGCCAGGACCUGCUCAAACUAGUGCCCCUGCUCACCAUCAUCUUCGCCUUCGGCAGGCUGAUGUACUGGGUGGCAGCUGCACUGGGCAGCAGUGUUCGGGGCUUUGGCUUCGGCCUGUCCUUCCUGCCCACUGUGGCCAUGCUGGGUGCCAAUCUCUACUUCAUCUUCACCAUGGACGCUGGGGGCACCAUCUUUGCCCAGGAUGUGAUGCACCAACAAGACCAACCCUCAGCCUCCCGCCAGAGGUUCUGGGGAUAGGAGGAUGGAGGAAAGGCUGAAGGAAUGCAAGGAUGGGGAAGAGGGACAGGAUCUGUUUUACCAACUGGUAGAAUUUAACUUUCAAAGGGUUACUAUGUAAACUGUAGUGGAUCGUGCUAGUGUGAUUUUUAAACCACACUGAUGAUGUGUAGAAUAGACUGGGCAGUGGUAGUCAGUGAUAGAGCUUAUAAAAACAGUUUUUGGUGAAAGUUUCUAUGUUAUAAUUCAUUUUCUUGCAUGGCAUUAUACCGUCACUUUGGUGAAACAGUAGAAUGUAUUCUGUAAAAGAUCUGCUAAUCCAUAGAAUGACUGUUAAGUACCAUGGAAUAAUGUUGAAAUCACAAUUGUCGGCUCAAUGCAGAGUUAAUGAAAAUAGUUUGUAGUUCCACACAGAAUUUGCCACUUGGGGAAGUGUCUAAAAUAACCAAACCAUUGCCUUCCUCAGAAAUAUCUAGCUAGGCCUGCACACCCACAAAUAGUUUGCUGAACUGUACUGUUUGGUUUGACAAUUAUCUGUACUUGAGGCAUCCUGUAAUCUAUUGUUUUGCAUUUGGUUGCGAAUCUGGUAUUACAGGCUAAUAACAUUAAUUUGCAUUGACAUUUGGUACCUAAUAUCAGGUUUAUAGAGGAAAAACUAAGACUUCCUCUAGACCUAGUCAAUCAAUUUCCUAUUGAAAAUGUUCAAUACAACCAAACACAAAAUCAUGUUCUGUGAUAAGGUCAUCGACUACUGAGUGGACAUUUUGUCUCAUAAUUUCAUUACCGUAUUGCCUUUUAAAAGGACGUCCACACAUGAGCAAUGCCAUGUCAUUAUAAGAGCUAACAAAUCAUUUAAAGAUAAUUGAUUUAGUACAAAGAUUUUGAUAUUGAGAACCAUUUCAUUAUUGGAGAAGGUGGAUUGCAUGGCUUUUUGUGCCCCCAAAAAUGGCAACCUUGUUAUAGAAAUCAAACCUGUCCAACAAAAACAAACCUACCUGCACAGGUGGCCCAACCUCCAUGCCUUCAUCUCUGAAAACAAAUCCUUUCACAAUACAGCACAGCUCUGUAAGAGUGAUUGUGAAUGGAGUUGUUAUUGUAUUUUAAAAUAGGUCUAUUUUAAAAUGUAAUGUAUGAAAUCAGAUUUUUAGUGUAGGCAUAGACUAUGAAAUGUAUAACUACGCUGAUUUCUUUCUACGUUUCCAAGUAAACUUUAGCUAAUAACAAGCGGAAACAAAUUGUAGAGUCUAUUUCAUGUCUAUGAUUUUCUUUUCUUAUGAUUUUCUUUAACUUUUUAUAUAUUUUUAAAAAUAAUUUAUAUGUAACAAGUUGUUUUUAUUGGGUUUUCAUUCGCUUCAUUUAGUGAAGAUGACACAUUUUUAUUGGUAUGAAAGCCUUUUAGUGGCUAAUAAAAAUUAGCAAGCAUUUAAGGAAGGUCUUUGUGCAUUACAGUUGUUCUGAAUGGGCACCUGUUUUUGGACUGUGUUAUUGCUGUGUUCGUGACCAAGUGGGAAGGUGGUAUUUAUCACAUACAACUCGGGGAAAUCCACUUGAACACCCAUCCAACUCGUAAUUAUUAGUGGAAAACCAUAGAGAUAGAGGACACAACAUGGUAUCGGUCCAAUUAUGGCAUCUGUGAGAGCAUGGGCUGCGCCCUCGAGGCCAUCUCCAUUUUGAAGUAGUACAUUUUCUUCUACUCCUACAAGCUGGUUAACAAACUGAAGGGUGAAUUCAUGCAACCUGGAGUGUGUUGUUUGAACAGGUAUAAAGCCAAAGUUGGCAAUUUACUGUCCACCUGCAGUUAUGAAAUGUUUGCUCACAAGUGUAACUCAUUUGCUGAUCCCUCCUGAUGACCUGGAUGGAAAUAUAUAAUCUUUCCUUAACCAGUAGGAAGUCCCACCCAGUUGACUACUUCAAAAAAAACUUGCUUUUGGUCACAAGAGGUCUCUUAUCUCAGUGGGAAACUCGUCUAUCACCCCUGAUCACAGACAUCACCCACAUUCUGACAUUGAUAACAGCAUUUUCGGCAGUUAAAUGUAACAAAACAUUAUAAAAAAGUUAUCUAUUGAUAUGUUUUUUGAAAACUAUCAUUUGUUUGCAUGCAUGAUCGCUGUACUUUUAGUUUAUGGUUGACGCAGCUUGUUGGCCAUUAGCCAUCCGGCGUUUGUCAACGAGUUCAAAGCAUGUGAAUGCAUCCAACUGGUAUUUACAACGCCACAACUGGUAAUUACCACCUUCCCACUUGGUUAUGAAUGGAGCAAAUUGCCAUGUUCAAAACAACUGGGAACUCUGUAAAAUACGAGGUUAAAUCAUGACUUCAGGGAUCUUCACUUCAGAAAGUCAGAGCUCUAAAGAGGCCCGAGUUGGAUGACCGAUAAAAAAGUUUUCCCUGUUGGAGCUCGUUUUUUCCCGAGUUGUUUUGAACGGUUAGAAGUCAGAGAUUUCCGACUUCCCAGUUGUUUUGAAGACGUCAUAACAUCGAGCAUAUGAGAUAGGACUACAUACACUUUUCGACUGAACUAACGGCUCCCGUUUUUGUCGGAGGUCAAAUAUUGUUCACAUCCACCCAAACUUCUCGUUUAUUUAUUGGUCUGGCCACAGGGAAGUCUGGGUUCGGAAUUACAAGAAAGCAACCCCUUGCACGUCAGGCCUAUCUUAUCUGUACCCCAAGGGUAUUUACCACUAAAGUUAUCGAAGUGAAGGGUCAAGACGAGUAAAAUAUGGCAGCUGCGCCAGCUAGAAGAAAACACGGAGCGUGUCUGCUUCGAAUCAAAGAAAAUUGUCCAUUGCGGAAAUUUAGGAAAAACAGGUGUUACGAUGUUACAGCCACAUCUUCGGCUGGUAGUGGGGUGUAUUGGGGAGACUUCAGUAAGCACCCCAUUUCUGCAUCCAAAACCGGACCUAUCAGCACCAUCUAUGUAGAGCCCCUCCCUCCUUCCUAUCAGUCUAUUUACCGUCCCCACCAAACACAGGACCCCAUUGCCGUGGAUAUGGAGGUGGUCCGACCCCAAGCUCCUAUUACGGGGGUCAUGAGUCUCUCCCCAUCCUCUGUACUGGCUCCAGGGCCUCUGGUUCCCAACCUCCAGCCUGCCUACCAGCACAGACGCCUCCCCUCCGCAGCAUCCAGUGAGGCCAGCAUGGAGCUGGACAGUGGUGUCGACCCAGAGACUGGAGAGAGAGCCCAGAGAUGACAACACCACUCUUCCGCUGUUUCUACCUGACCUGAUCCUGGAGAUCUGGGUCAGAUAUAUUCAGUGUUGCAGAUACAAUGAGUGUCUAGAACAGGUCAAGUGGUUUGGAACCUAGCUGUACAGACUAUCCCAAUGUUGUGAAAGACUUUUCUCAUCCCCUUUACAUUGGUAGGUGAACAAGCUUUAAAAAGUAUCCAUCAAGGAAUAUGAGGGGACGUUUUUUUUAUUAGGGUGUAUUGAGGCUUCUGGUACACUGCCAUAUGCUUCUGUACAGGGCUGGGAAAGGCACAACUUGAAAUGGCAUUUCAUUGCUCCCUUUUCUCAUAUUCUGAGCCAUUGGCCAGAUGAGUCAACAAAGAAGGCUCCCUUCAUAUAGCUUUGAAUGGUCUUCUCAGGUCAGCGCAUAGAGACGAAGCCCAGGAAUCCAUGCACUUGCACGGUCUAUUGACACGUACAGUACCAGUCAAAAGUUUGGACACACCUACUAACACAAGGGUUUUUACUAUAUUCUACAUUGUAGAAUAAUAGUGAAGACAACUAUGACAUAACACAUCGAAUCAUGUAGUACCAAAAGUGUUUUUAACAAAUCAAAAUAUUGUCACCCUUUGCCUUGACAGCUUUGCACACUGGAAUGCAUUUCCAACUGUCUUGAAGGAGUUCCCACAUAUGCUGAGCACUUGCUGGCUGCUUUUACUUCACUCUGCGGUCCAACUCAUCCCAAACCAUCUCAAUUGGGUUGAGGUCAGGUGAUUUUGGAGGCCAGGUCAUCUGAUGCAGCACCCCAUCACUCUCCUUCUUGGUCAAAUGGCCAUCACACAGCUGGAGGUGUUUUGGGUCAUUGUCCUGUUGAAAAACAAAUGAUAGUGCCAAACCAGAUGGAAUGGCGUAUCACUGCAGUAUGUGGUGAUAACCAGCAUGGCAAAGUGGGCCUUGAAUUUGAAACAAUCACUGAGUGUCACCAGAGAUCUGUUCACCUACUCUGCGUCACAAAGACACGGCAGUUGGAACCAAAAAUCUCAAAUUUGGACUCAUCUGACCAAAGAACAUAUUUCCAAAUGUCCAUUGCUCAUGUUUCUUGGCCUAAGCCAAUCUCUAAUUGUCCUUUAGUGGUUUCUUUGCAGCAAUUCGACCAUGAAGGCCCGAUUCACAGUCUCCUCUGAACAGUUGAUGUUCAAAUGUGUACUUGAACUCUGAAGAAUUUAUUUGGGCUGCAAUUUCUGAGGCUGGUAACUAAUGAACAUUUCCUCUGCAGCAGAGGUAACUCUGGGUCUUCCUUUCCUGUGACAGUCCUAAUGAGAGCUAGUUUCAUCAUAGGGCUUAGCUUUUGCUACUGCACUUAAAAUUUACCAUAUUGACUGACCUUUAUGUAUUAAAGUAAUGGACUGUAUUUCUCUUUGCUUAUUUGAGCAGUUAUUGCCAUAAUAUGGAUUUACGACCACCCCUACCGAGUCACAACUGAUUGGCUCAAACACAUUGAAACAAAUCCCAUAAAAAUGUUAAAAAUAAAAAACUUAGAGCAAACCUGCUGAUUGAAAGUUAUUCUAGGGGACUACCCCAUAAGGUUGGUUGAGAGAAUGCCAAGAGUGUGCAAAGCUGUCAAGGCAAAGGGUAACGAUAUUUUGAUGUACAUGAGUCAAUGUGUUAUGUCAUAGUUGUCUUCACGAUUAUUCUACAAUGAAAUAAAGAAAAACCCUGGAAUGAGUAGGUGUCCAAACCUUUGACUGUAUUUUUGUAAAGUUACAGUAAAAAAGAAGUAAACCAGGUCAUGGUUUUAUGACUUCCUUAAAGGCCUAUUCAACAGUCAGGGAUGGGAGUUUAACGCCCAGAUAAAAAUAGAACCUUUUGACAUAACCAGAAGUAAUAUUUUAUCUGGACUCAGUUCUUGUUUUUCAAUAUGAUGAUGAAUUGCAAUGUUUUUCCUCCCAUGCAUUUAACUUUAAUAAAGCUGAAGACAAUA